AUGAGUAAUUUCUUCGAGUUCCCUCUCUUCUACCACCAACAACAAAACAAUCACAGUCACGAUCAAAAGACGAUCCAAUGUUUGCCUCUUCUUAGCAGAUUUACGGAGAAGGAGGUGAAGGAAGAGGAAGACGACUGCAGAAUGAAUGAGAAUGCCGCGGUGGCGCUCCACAUAGGGUUGCCUGAUAUAGGAGAAAUUGAUGGAGAUCAGAGAAACCGCUAUGGUUUCAAGGAAGAUGACAAUGAAGAAGAAGAAGACGAAGAAGAUGAGUAUUCUGUGAAGAAGAAGUCUUGUAAUGGAAGUUUGAAUGGUGAGAGGAGAUUUUGGAUCCCAACUCCAGCACAGAUUCUUGUUGGUCCCAUGCAGUUUUCUUGCAGCAUAUGCAACAAGACAUUUAAUAGAUACAAUAACAUGCAGAUGCACAUGUGGGGCCACGGGUCGGAGUUUCGGAAGGGCCCGGAGUCCCUGCGCGGGGCGCAGCCGGCGGCAAUACUGCGGCUUCCGUGCUACUGCUGCGCAGCGGGGUGCAAGAACAACGUGAACCACCAGCGCGCGAAGCCGCUGAAGGACUUCCGCACGCUGCAGACGCACUACAAGCGGAAGCAUGGGGCCAAGCCGUUCGCGUGCAGGAAGUCGUGCGGGAAGUCGUUCGCGGUGAAGGGCGACUGGCGCACGCACGAGAAGAACUGCGGGAAACUCUGGUACUGCACGUGCGGCUCCGACUUCAAGCACAAGAGGUCGCUCAAGGACCACAUUAGGUCCUUCGGGAAGGGCCACGCGCCCCACCCUUCCCUCGAAGGCUUCACAUGCUCCGAGGACGACACCGCCUAGAGA